CCAGCAGAACUUUCAACCCAACUCCUCACACCAUGGCUUGCUGUGCCACUAGCUUCUGUGGAAUUCCCAGCUGUUCCACCAGCGGGAACUGCGGUUCCAGCUGCUGCCAGCCAACCUGUUGCCAGUCAACCUGUUGCCAGACCAGCUCCUGCCAGCCAAUCUGCUGCCAGACCAGCUCCUGCCAGCCAAGCUGCUGCCAGACCAGCUCCUGCCAGCCAAUCUGCUGCUGCCGCCCCUCCUACUGUGGACAGUCCUGCUGCCGCCCGGCCUGCUGCUGCUACUGCUGUGAGCCCCCUUGCAGCCAGCCCAGCUGCUGUGAAUCCACCUGCUGCCAACCCAGCUGCUCCGAGCCCACCUGUUAAGGACCAGGUUGCUGAUUCUCAACAUGAGAAUCAGCAAGUUUCAACUCAGUCCAUCAACUAAGCAGUUCUUCAGCCACUCCCGGACCUCAAAUUUUUCAACUUAAUUUCAUUUUGCUAUGGGAGUCACCAAAUAUUGGAGCCUCAAGAAUUGUUUCCAUUCAGUGCUGGAAAGACUUGGAUCUCUCCUCUGUAGAUAAAAAAAAAAUACAAAUUUGACUCAAUAAGUAGGAAAUCCAGUUUCCUGGGAGUGAUAGUAGCAAAGUCUGACCCCACCCUGCAAGGCUCUUUGCUUUGCAGGUCCUUGGAAAACUGUCUGCUCCCCUUGGUUACUUUCCCCUCUAUUCCCCUAUCCUGUGGAUUUCACUUCCUGUGAAAGAGAAAUAAUUCCCCAAAGUCUAAUAAACUAUAUCUAUUG